CUUCUGACCGCUAUUUAAGCAUGAUCAAAAUGCUUGACAAUGUGCAAUACAGUUUGCUUCUAGCAGAACCAUGAAGCCAUCAGCCAUGAAAACAACCAUUCUCUCUGCCUUCUGCUUCAUUUCUGUCAGCUUUGUUGCAUGUCAUGACAAGAAGAUGGGGUGGAACAUGUAUGACUUUCUCUGGAUCUGGAACCUGGAUCUGGCAAACCAGACUCUGAAUCUGGAUUUCAUGCAGCGCAUGCAAGCCGGGGACCUACCUGCGGAACGCUACAUCAACUUCACCAUCCAAGACAUCAAUUAUGUGGUGAAGGUGACCGAGAUGCUACAGAAUCUCAGCAGUUCAGUGAAAAAACCUGCUGACCUGCGUCAGUUCUUCCAGGGCAGAUAUAAAAGCUACAAGAGCUUCCGUGACUCUCUUCUGAACAUGUAUUUCCUUAAGGGCGUAUCUGAUAUUAAACCGACACCAGCCAUGAGGAAGUACCUGUCAGACUACGAGACCAUCAUGAAGACCAAAGAGCCCAUCUAUUUUGUUGUGUCUCUCCUACCAUGCUCCCGACUAUGGGGGUGGCUCGCCAACAAAGUUAACAUGACGCAGAGCAAUGCCUACUUUGCCUGGAAGAAGGACAACAUGGGCGGCAAUACUGAGAAGCACUACAAGAGUCUAAUCAACAAGCAUAUCAGCACAGCCGAUAAAUUAAUAGAAGCUUUCCGUAUAUUCCGAAUGCAAAUGCAGAAUGAGCAAAACUUUUUUGCGUCUUCGUAAAAUGAGGUUUUCCUUCCACUGUUGAGUUGGCUGUGGUGCUGAACGCAUGUCUCACUUAAUGUGCAGGCAGAUUCAGAUUAAUUCAGAUUAAUAAAACAACAUGGAAA